AUGCCAACAUACGCCAAAAAUAAAUUCUUCAUUCUAGUUUUUUUCUCUCCAGCCUCUCCAGAACACUAUAUUUUGUUCACUUUAUUUUUCUUCUUUUUCCUGCAGCAAGACUGUCCACACACCCCGCCACGCCAAAGCGCCCAGAACGGCAAGGAUGCCCAAGUAUACGCCCCGCCACAUCUGUCGGCUGCCAAAACACCGUGCCGCAGGAAGCUGUUUAGUGCGCCAACCCAUUCUCUUCGCCCGCUGGAAGCAGCGCUCGCACAGAAAAUUAAUAAACAAACAAAGACGACUACACUGCCAGCCUUCCUGGCUCUGAACACACAAGGCCAGACAGCACCCUGCUGGCUCAGUGCAAAACUGCACACUUUGCAGAGGAAUCUGCACGGUUGCCACACCAUCAUUUUUGUCAUAAAUCCGGGCAUAUUUGCUUCAGAGGCUAAUGCCAGUUCCAGUAGAGACUUACUAACCUUUGGAGACCCCGGCUGUCGAUUAUCAACUGACUUAACGGUAUGCUCUUCUUAUGUUUGUGCAUCGUAA